UGCGAAUUAUUUCUAGGGUUUUGAGUGUGGAUUCACUCUCCGCUUGAGCUGUUCCGUAAUCGAUCUUACAGAGCCGAUCUCUCUCUUCAUCUACCCUCCAAAUGAGUCGGCACCCGGAGGUUCUAUGGGCGCAGCGGUCCGAUAAAGUAUACCUUACGGUGGCGUUACCGGAUGCGAAAGACAUUAACGUCAAGUGUGAGGCUGAAGGCUUGUUCUCCUUCUCCGCCACCGGACUCCAAGGCCACCCUUUUCACUUCACUCUCGACCUUUACGGCNUCCUUGCAUUGCAGGGUUGUAAGACUAAGGCCGGCUCAAGGAACAUCCUCUGCUCCAUCCAGAAACAACACAAAGGUUGGUGGAAACGACUUCUCAAAACCCAAGAAAAACCUGCCCCUUACAUUAAGGUCGAUUGGAACAAUUGGUGCGACGAGGACGACGAACAAGACUCUACUUCUGAUUUGGCCUCAGAUGAUGAUGAUGCUACGAUCGGUGAAGAUGAUGAAAGCAGUGAAGAUGAAGGAAUGCUCUAUCUGCCCGACCUCGAGAAGGCAAGAAAAAAGUAGGGUCAUGGCUUGUUAGCUAAUGGACGGAGGGAACCACCAUCUGCUCUUGUUAGGUAGAUAGAAUAGGUUAACGGUCAAAUUUAUGAACAUUGCAUAUGCUUGUAACUAUAUUCUCAAUAUUUUAAACUUCGGCAGUGCAGAUCUUUUGCCCUAUUUU